AUGGAAGGUCCACUGUCAAAGUGGACCAACGUUGUUCAUGGAUGGCAGUACAGAUGGUUCGUUUUGAGGGAUGAUGCGCUUCAUUAUUAUACCUCUAGGGAGAAAAUGAUAAAAGGACAACAACGUGGUUGCAUACGUCUUCGAGGUGCUGUUAUCGGUAUCGAUGGUGAAAAUAAUUCCUUGUUUACAGUUACUGUUGACGGCAAAACAUUUCACUUACAGGGUCAGGAUGAAGCUGAACGCAAUAACUGGAUUCGUGCUUUAGAAGCCGCCAUCCAUGAGCAGAGUGGUUAUUAUCGUAUAAAUUCAUCGAAUUCACCAGCAGUUUUGAAGGCAAAAGCUGUUGAAGCAGACAAACAUUUGCAGGAUAUGAUCAAUGAGGUUCGAGAAUUGGAAGGAUUGUCUGCAUCAGCAAACACUGAAAUGAAAAAAACAAUCGAUGAUUUAGUUAAAUCAGCGAAUCGCUUAUUAGAUACGGUGAAGCAUGCUGUAAUAUUGCUACAAAUGGCUAGGAGUCAUCUGGAGGGUGCUUCACUGUUAGAUUUAAAUGCAGAUGAUGAGGAAUCCGAGAGUUCGCAGGCGAAAGUUAUAGUCCCUCCAUUGUCAUACUCAAGUAGUGAAGACGAAUUUUUCGAUGCCGAAACUCCAGACGAUAACAAAUUAUCGCCUACUGAUGAUAAUUCAAAUGGCAUCGACAAUCCUGGACAUAAUAGCAAUCCCGGCAAGAAAAGUUCUCAGUCAAGAAAGAAAUCCAUCCAAGAACCGGAUUUCGGGGAUGCAAAUGAAGAUUUUGACGCGGCUUACGAAGAUGCCGAGGAACUCGAUGUUGGUAAUGUGCAGCAGCAGCACGGCUCUGUGCUUAUGCAUCUUCUUUCACAAGUAAGUGUUGGAAUGGAUUUAACCAAAGUAACACUACCAACAUUUAUUCUCGAACGUCGCUCUCUUUUGGAAAUGUAUGCGGAUUUCUUUGCACACCCGGACACUUUUGUCGGUUGUACCGAUAUUCCAUCACCAGAAGAACGCUUCAUCUCUGUGAUUCGUUACUAUGUGGGGGCUUUUUAUGCUGCUCGCAAAAGUGGAGUGGCUAAAAAGCCAUAUAAUCCUAUUCUUGGAGAAACUUUUCGCUGUCGAUGGAAAAUACCUGGCAUGCAAAGAACUAAACAACUCACUAAACGGGGUCCUUUUCCUGGUUCUGAUGAAAAUGAUUUAACAUUUGUCGCAGAGCAGGUCAGCCAUCAUCCGCCUGUCUCGGCUUUUUACGCCGAGCAUCCUGGUAAACGGGUUUCAUUUACAGCACAUAUCUGGACGAAGUCUUCGUUUUUGGGUCUUUCUAUUGGAGUUACUAACAUUGGUUGGGGAACAGUCAAGCUGCACGAUUAUGAUGAAGAAUAUGUUUUGACAUUCCCGAAUGGCUAUGGGCGUUCAAUUAUGAGCACUCCAUGGAUUGAACUGGGUGGAAAAGUCACGGUUAACUGCGUUAAAACGGGAUAUUCAGCUGAGAUUGAUUUUCUAACAAAACCUUUUUUCGGUGGAAAAGCACAUCGUAUAAAUGGAAGUAUUUAUCGUUCGGGUUUUAAAAAACCUAUUCUUAUAAUAAAAGGGGAAUGGAAUGGUGUAAUAACUGCAAAACCUCUGAAUGGUAGCGAAUAUUUAUUUGUUAAUGUUAAGAAUUAUCCUGAGGAAUGUGAACCUGUAGCAAAGCAAGGUGAUAGAGAAUCACGUCGUUUAUGGCGACAUGUUACAGUUGCUUUACAAAAAAAUAAUAUACAGCUUGCGACCAAUGCAAAGAGAUGGAUUGAACAAAGGCAGCGAGAAGAAGCUAAAAAACGACAGGAUCAACGAAUCAUUUAUCAUCCGGUUUUGUUUGUUAAAGAAGGUGAAAGCUGGAGGUACAAAGACGAAUUACAAUAA